AUGACUCGCAGUAGAAACAUCCGCCUAUAUCGUGCCUGCCAGCGCUGUCGCAUGCGGAAGCUCAAAUUAGUUCUUCUCCAAACGGAACGAAAUCACAAUGCUUCGAGUGUGUCCGCUCCAAUGAGCCGUGUAUCCUUGCUGGGUCAAAACGAGGAGGCAACUUCUCCCCGAAUUCGACACUCAAAACGUGUCGAAAGUUCCACGCUGCCUCCAAAUCCUGUCAAUGCCGAGCACGAAAAUGUGAGUGAGGGCAUAGGAGAGAACGAGAAAAGGACAGAAGAUCCCAUAUAUGCUGAGUUGACUAAUCCGGGCGAGGCACUGCAAAUACUUGCUCGGCUUGCGGCGCACGAUCAGUCAAUGUCGUUUCGCUCCAGUGAUCAAAUACCUGCAACCUCAACAAGCGAAUCGCAAGUUCGGAGUGGUCAUUGCAAUGACAAUCUGCCUGGCCAUAUAAUGCGCCCUGUACUUCAGCCUACAUUGUCAGAAACGGAGACAUUGGUCAUCGGAGUGCUGGGGACAGACACAACACAACACUUAUUGAAUUAUUACGCUACAAACUACCACCCGUUCUGCCCUCUUACGCCCAAAAAGCUCCUGGUGACUCCCGAUGUACGCAAGACAGCUAUUGAUGAGCCAUUUCUGCUUACGAUAAUCUUGACCAUCGCAUCGAAAGACGACACAACAUAUCGGCAAAUACACCAGCAUUGUUGGCAGCACAUGAAGCGGCAUCUUCUUGAUAUCCUGUUGGCUACACCAUCCACACUGAAUGUGGCAACAGUAGAAGGCCUUCUACUAUUGGCAGAGUGGAUUCCUUACUCAGAGGUUGAAACCUCUUCUAACCCGAGGGUGCUUUCCGGAAACCUCAGUGCGGUAGAGGAUAACAUGGCGUGGUCACUAAUUGGCCAAGCAGUUCGACAUGCAUAUCUCCUCCGUCUAGAUAAAGCCUCUUUUCGCGAGAAGGUUGAUGGGGAGCCAUACGAGCUCGAGAAUAGGAAACGAUUAGCUUGGAUAUUUGUCUAUAUCGCAGACCGUCAGAUCUCCGUGCGAAUGGGACAAUCAUUUUGGUCUCGCGGGCCCUCACUUUCAACGCGCUUUACGGCAAAGGACUUUCCAAGCUUACAACUGAGCGCGGAUGCGGAACAUAACUAUGCACUGGUGCUCCAGGGGACUAUUGAAUUAACGCAGCUUUUGCAUAACGCGCACGAUAUUCUUUACUCGUCGAAAGAACGAAGGCUGCAGAUGGUUCGACUGGGAGAUUACAACCGCUACCUUGACGAUUUCCGCCGGUCAUUUUCAGGGUGGCAGAGCCGUUGGGAUAGCCUCGAAGCAUCCCCAAAGCUAAAGUGUACCUUGAAUAUCUUCAAAGAAUAUGUACGGCUAUAUGUGCUUGCGUUUUCUUUCCAGUCAAUCUUAUCAAGGGCUGUCCACGACAAUCGGGUUGCCGGAACAUCGGGUCCAUGGUCCAAGAAAGCCCCAUCACUAUUCCCACAAGGCAUCAUGGCAUCCCCAGAUGGCGUUUAUGUCUUCGAAGCCGUCCGCUCGGCGCGGGACAUUCUCACUAUAGCAUGUGGAACGGAUCCUGUGGCCCACAUUCACUAUAUGCCUUUCCGAUUCUAUGUAUAUGCUAUUUACUCAGCUGUGUUUCUAUACAAAGCAAGGGUUUUCGGUGCGUUUACCCAGAAGGAACAUGGUGAAGUAUCAGAUCUGGUGCACCAGUUCAUCAGUGUCCUCGAUGAAGCAAGCACUUGCGACAGCCACAUAGGGGGUCGUUAUGCAAAACUUCUCCAGCGGAUAUGGCUUGUUGAACAAAACAAACGAACAGUUGCUGGUAACAAUGCUCAGUCUAUCGGUAGCGACAAGUCAUCAAAUCUCGAUCCACUCGGGUCUUGGGAUUACUACUUGCCUCUGGAUAUGAAUUGUACAGAUACGAUGUUGAUGCCCUCACCGGACUUCAAUUUGUUCUGCCCGGAUUUCUCAACAUUAGAAUCUGAACUCUUCGAUCCAAUGGCUGGCGGUGUCGAAUUCCCAUAG